AUGGCCACACUGUCACCGAAGAUAGAAGAGUCAUGUGACUACUUACCCCAAUAUGAGCUUCUGCCAUUGCUACCUGAUGUCACCAUCACCAUAGGUCCCUCACCAGAACUAGGCCAGUGCACACAUCACUACACCUCCAAGACUAUUUCACUCUCAAUCGAUCUCUUAGUUUUUCCAGAAUCCUGUAAGGGAAUUAUAGGAGGAAAUGAGCUGCCACCUCAUGCCAGACGCUACAUGGCUCUAAUCAAAGGGCUGGGAAUCUGCGCAGGGGCAUUGAUCAACGAAAACUGGGUCCUGACCGCUGCUCACUGUGACCUGAGAGGCAAGCCUCAGAUUAUCCUUGGUGCCCACUCUGUAUCACAGAAAGAGAAACUUGAACAGAUGUUUUCCAUUAAAAGGGCAAUUUCCUACCCAUGCUAUGAUCCUGAAACAUUUCAAGGAGAUCUUCAACUCCUUCAGCUGGAUGGUAAAGCAGCUAUAACCAAAGCAGUGGGAAUCCUUCGUCUCCCAAAAAGAGGAGAGGAUGUGAAACCCCACACCAAGUGUCAUGUGGCUGGAUGGGGAAGCACCAAAAGAGAUUCUUGUAAGGUUUCCAACAUCUUGAGAGAAGUCAACGUCACUGUGAUUGACCGGAGAGUCUGCAACAAUCCAGAGCAUUAUGAUUUCAAACAGUUGGUGGACAGCAGCAUGCUCUGUGCUGGCGGCAAGCAAGGGGAAGAUGAUUCAUGCAGUGGGGAUUCUGGAAGCCCUCUGAUAUGUAACAACGUUUUCAGGGGUGUCACUUCCUUUGGGAAAUGUGGUGACCCCAAGAAGCCUGGUGUCUACAUUCUCCUUACAAACAAAUAUCUCAACUGGAUACAGAAAACCAUUGCAGGAGCCAUGUGA